CCACACCCCUCAGGGAGCCCUCGGGUUUGGGGUGUUUUGUGUGGCAGCUCCCAAAGAGGCACAGUUGGUUAUUUUUCCAGAAAAGUCCUAGGAGGAUCCUCCAGAGAUCGGGGACUCAGCUGCAUGCGCUGUUUCCAGGCUGCCCUCACACCACCUGCAGACGGCCCACUUCACUAAUUCAAUGGCCCACCUGGAGCUAGCAGAGAACUAAACUGCUCCUCACCACCACCAGGAUUCCCAGGAAGCCUGUAGCUGGACUCGGGCUGGGCUGUCUCUGUCCCCAGCAGGCAUGGCCAAGACCCGUGGACAAGAUGCCUUUCGGCCCAUUGGCUCUGUUUCCCUCGUCCUCCUGCAGCUGCUGUCUGGCGCCAUCCCUGGAAAUGGACAGAAAGCUGAUUUCGAGGUCUUUGGGCCCCGUGAGCCUGUUCUGGCCAAGGUGGGGGAAGACGCAGACCUGCUGUGCUAUCUGUACCCCAACAUCAACGCCGAGGACAUGGAGCUGCGGUGGUACAGGGACCAGCCCUCCCCCGCCGUGCACGUGCACAGGAAAGGGAAGGAUGUGCCUGAAGAGCAGAUGGCGCUGUAUCAGGGAAGGACCACCUUCCUGAAGGAAGGUGUGGCCCAGGGCCAGGCCUCAGUGAGGAUAGGCAAUGUCACCGCUUUCGACAACGGGACGUUCCACUGCCAGUUCAAUAACGGCACCAUGUCUGCAGAGGCCACGCUGUGGCUGACGGUGGCAGGGCUGGGCUCUGAGCCCAGAAUCCAAGUGCAAGUUGAUCAGGAUGGAGUUGUCCGGGCGGAGUGCACCUCGGCAGGCUGGUACCCGGAGCCCCAGGUGGAGUGGAGAGACUUCCGGGGACAGAUGUUUCAUUCUGAGACCAACGUCUCGGUCUCACCGAUAACCGGCCUCUGGGCUGUGACAUCCAGCCUGACCGUCCCCAACAAGGCUGUGGGCGGCAUGGCCUGCUCCAUCUCUAGCCCCCUCCUUACGGAGAAGAAGGUGUCCAGGCACCACCUGCCUGAUCCCGCCUCCAGAUGGUUCCAGUCCACAGCCUGGAAGAUAGUUCUGCCUCUGUUUCUCGCAGCAGCCAUACUUGGAGCCACAGUCGCCUGCUUCUUAUGGAAGCGUGAAAGGGCAUGAUGAGGAGAAGAGCUCAGUGAGUGCUGUUUUGCUUAGCUUCCCAGAACAGGAGCUUUGCCUCCAUCCAUAUGCUGAAGCCCACAGUUUUCUGUCUUUCUCCUGCAAUACAGGCUGGAGACAGGUUGGCCUCAUCUAUGUUGAGAAUCAUGCUGGAGGCUCGGAGCCUCUGCCCCCAGGCCACCCUGUCACCAGCUGGAUGCCCAGAGUUGCUUCAAGAUGUCUUUCAGAGUUGCUUCCAGAGUUGCUUAGAGUGAGUUCCAUCAGCAUUUAACAGUCCGUCCAAGGCAUUUUUCAGGAGGAGGAACAGCGACCCACUGGCUUAAACCAGCUCAUAGCAGUGCAAACAGACUGCGGGGACGACACCUGUGCAGAAGCAGGGAAAGAUGUACCGAAGUACCCUUUGCCUCAUUCUAAUGCCAAGGUCUCCACCUGCGGAGGAGCUUAAGCCCUAUGAACAUAACAUGCGACAUAUGUGGAGGCGUGUAUUUGAAGUGCACCUGUGCCAGCCUAUGCCCGCCUCUACGUGGAAUGACAAAACGUCCCUCUGGCAUAUUUGUUCUGUACCCCAAAUAAAAGGCACCUGCUCUCCGUGUUCUGGGAGCCAUAGCUUUGUGAAAUUACUCCCUAUGGUCUCCAUUUCAUAGGCUGCAUGCUGAGAAUAAAAUUGUACUUUGUGUGACAAUUA